GCCUCCAUGAAACGUAAAAUGAAAUUACUACCAAAACAAUCAGUAUCUGCGUAACAAACUCUACUUAUAGCAUGGCUGUUAAACGUGGACAUAUUGACCUUGACCCAGAUUAUGAAGAUGUUACAGAGCAGCAGUCCAAGAGACAAAGAGUUUUUGAAGAGGAUGCUAAGGAAGCUACAAGACAUAAGAUUGAGAAUAUUAUUCACAGUCAGUUUACCAUGGAGAUACAGAACAAAGAGGAAGAAGUAGAUGAAGCUGAUCAGAAAUUAAAUCAGAGUAGAAUGGUUAUGGACAGACUGAGGGCUUGCAUCAUAGCUAAUUUUUAUUCAAAAGCAGGACAACAGAAAUUCUCGCAGGUAAAACAAAAUCCUAAUGAGCCACCAUAUAUCCAUCCAACUGUGAAAGAACAUAUUGGUAAAGCUCCAAAAAACUACUCAUCACUGGAGACCUCCAGUAAGGGAGAUAACCUGCUAACUGUUGACUUAAGCAUUGUAAAGAAAGAACCUGAAGAGGCAUCCAUUGAUAAUCCUUGUUUAACUAAAUGUGAAACAGUUGGUAAUAUAGAAAGUGAAAAGAUGAAGACAGAUCAAGAUGAGGGGAGAAGUUCAAGAUUUAAAACGAAGAAGAGAAUUGUAAUGGGGAACGUCUCAAAGUAUAUACCAGUGGACCGUAGGGAGGAGAAUGACCAGUCUACACACAAAUGGAUGGUGUAUGUUAGAGGCUCCAAAGAGGAACCAAGAAUUGAUCAUUAUAUAAAGAAAGUUUGGUUCUUUCUUCAUCCCAGUUAUAGACCUAACGAUUUAGUGGAAGUAAGUCAACCUCCAUUCCAUUUGACCAGAAGAGGAUGGGGUGAAUUCCCAGUCAGGGUACAACUUCAUUUUAAAGAUCAGAGAAACAAAAGAGUGGAUAUUAUUCAUCAGCUUAAACUUGACAGAACUUACACAGGAUUACAAACUCUUGGAUCUGAAACACUUGUUGAUAUUGAACUGGAAAAGGAGAAAGUUGAUGAAAAAUUGACUACAGUUUGUUUGCCAGUGACCUUUGAUCUAAAGAAUCAGUUAAAAUCUGACAAACAUAUAGUGCAUGAAAAUAAUGUUACAAUUCCAGAAAAACAGUCUCCUAAAAAGAAAGUGAUAGUGACACCUUCUGUAAAUGGAAUACAAAUUUCAGGGGCAGCAACUCCUCAUGUUUCACCGUGUGUAGCAGAUAAAAAUGGCACUGGUGUGCAAACAUUGAUCUCUAAACAAACGUGCAGUAAUAUUUCUGAUAAGAAAAAAUUGACAAAUUCAUUAAGUAAUGCAAUAAAUGGCUCUCCAGUGCAACUUGUUUUAGGAGGUGUUGGGUCUGUGACAAAUCCAAAUUUUCCUGAUGCAAGGGGAGACAAUAGAACUAAGACCCCAUUAAAGGGAGUUAUCAUCUGUAGUGAAAAGGGAGACAAAUCUCCCUCCUCAGUGAAUCAAAAGGAAUCAAAUUCAGCUGUGAUUUUACAAGGGAUUGGUUCACUAAGUACAAAACUAGCACCAAGUCAGAAUCAGAUGAGAAUUAUAAGUGGAAAUUUACAGAAUAGUCAUGUAAUUGCACAGACUUGUUUGUCUAAAACAGGCAUAGUGAAUGCUUCAUCCACAUCUAAAACUGCUAUAGUUCAGCCAAUAGUUAAUGCUAUAAAUAGAAGUGGGCAACAAUCCGAAUCUCUUAUAAAAACUUCUAAAGGAAAUUUGAUUCUAGGGCAACAAAUAAUUGGUAAUAAUACACUCAUUGUUCAACCAAGUAUACAGACAAACAAACUCAAUACAAUGAUUGUCAAGCCAACUGUACAGAAGACUCAGUCAAACAUGUUGCUGAUUCAGACUGUUCCACAGGCAACCAGACCACUAACUGUUCCCUCAGUAACAAAAUCUACUACUGUGGUGGUACAGCAAACUUUACAAACUUCAACAAAACCAAACACUAUGUUUGUUAAUCCAACAUUGCUGGUAUCUCAGGCAAAAACAUCUGUAGUACAACCCUCAGUUAAAUCUGGUGCUGUUACUUUACAAGUGUCGAGUAUUGUACAGCCUGAAACACAAACAUCUAAAUGUGUAGGUGCUAGUCAACAGUCACAACUUAUGAACAUUUUAAAACCCCCAUCUGCUAAUUUAGUGCGGUCUGCACAACCAACUACUCAACCUCAAAAUGCCUCUACAGCUUCCCCAACAGCAACCUCAGCCUCUCCUCAGACAUUAUACUACAGAUGUAAAGAUGCCCAAGGCAACAUUUUUUUAGUACCGCAGCAGUUACUGAAACAGGUUAUUCAAUCUCCUGGCAAAUCAAAUACUCAAUCAGGGCCAAUUUUGUUGACUGGAAAUACAGCUAAGUCAAAUACUCAAUCAGGGCCAAUUUUGUUGACUGGAAGUACAGCUAAGUCAAGUACUCAAUCAGGGCCACUUUUGUCCUCUGGAAGUACAACUUCUACUGUGUCAAGUGUAAAAGGAUCAGUAAGUUCUGCUGUUAUUUUCAGUACUAACUCUACAGCGGGUUUGAAACAGCAGACUCCAGUUGAAAAAGGACAAGUCAAUCAGAGCUUGCCUGUCAUUAUGGGUUCAGCCAAUAAGAAGUCUCCUAUCAUUUUGAGUUUGAACCAGACAGGUCAAGUUGUCAGUUCACAAUCAACAUCAGCCAAUCAAACUAAAUCUAUAUUGAAAAGUACAGUGCCAUUGGGUCAAGAUGCUAAUUCAUUAUUGAAACCAGCAACUGUGUUAUGUGAAAAAAAUGUGAAAACUGCAUCAGUUUCGGCAAAUUCAGGGGUUAGUGCAAAUGUAGGUCAACAGCAACUGACAACUUCUUCAUCAUUAGUAACAACUAUUAUUUCUAACUCGUCACCAAGCAAAUUGAAAAAUGUGGGCAAUAUUAAGGCCAAUGUUACCUCUGUACCUACAGCAUUAACUAUACCACAAGUCACUAGUAUCAAGUCUGGAAAUAGUCUCUUACUGACAAUGAGUUCAGCUAAUGGAAAGACAGUUGUCAUGCCAACACAGAGUUUGAAUUCAAAUACCUCAGGAACAAAAUUAGGAACUUCACUUCUGUUUCCUGGGAAUCAAAAACAAAUAGGAAUUUCAAAGAUCUGUCAAAAUAAUACACAAAAUACAAAUUCUACUUCACUUGGAAAUAAAGGCAACUUCAAUGUUGGCUCUAUAGGAAAGGUUAAUGUACCAGAAUCAACUCUUAAAACUUUGAAUUCAAAACCAUCAUCUGUUACCAUCACUACAUCAGCUAUGAAUGAUGCGAGUUCAGUGUCCGAGAACCAGUCUCAAGGUCAGAUAUCUAGUCAAAAUCACCUUCAGGUGACAUCUCAAGGACUAAAAAUUAUUGUGAAUCCAUCCCAGAAGGCGAAUGGUGUAGGUAUAAAUAAUCCAAAUCAGGAAACAGUGCUUGCAAACAAAAAUGUACCCUUAAGUACAAGUGAACCUAAAAUUAAAAUGAACACGGUGGAAAAUUUUAGUAUGAAAAGAAACAGUGUUAGCAUUUUACCUAAGGAAUUUCAAAUACCAGUGAUUUCAAGUUCUCAUCCGUCUUCACUAUUGACUUCAACGAAUAUUGUUAAGAAAACAGUGUCGAUGUCUGAUUAUUCGACAACUUCUGCUCCGUCCUUGACAUUAAUGACAUCUUCAGUCAAAGGUCAGAGUUCAUCUUUACUUUCUGGUGAAAAGAAUUCAAUAACAGGAACUGUUGGUGAUAAGAAAAUAGUUGUUGAUCUAUUAUCUGAAACAGAACGAAGACUUGAAGCUUGUCGACCCGAAAAAAGAAUUAUUUGUUUACGAAAAAAGUCAGAUCAGCGAAGACCAUCAACGCCACCACUCACUGUUGAGGAGAUUAAACCUUUAAGGACAGAAGAUUUCCCAGAUGUAUUGUCACUUAUCAGAGCAGCAGUCAGAAGGCAUCCCAUUGUUUCUCUCACAGCAGACAAAUAUCAACACCCGUACUGUGCCUCAACUUCUGAAGAAUGGUUGUCAUGGAAAGUUGGCAAAAGACGAGCUUCUGAGUGGCAAAGAGCUGCAUUCUGUAGAAAAUUUAUCCUAAACCAUAUUAAAGGAGAAACCUACAAAGGGACAAAACUCUGGACUACCAAGCAGAUUAUGUUGUGGUGCAGAUUACAUGCAUUUAGUCCACACUAUCUAGAAUCAACCUUGCAUCCAUUUGGUGUUGAACUCACAGCAGACAGAAUCGGCAAAAAAUUCUCAUCGGUGACAUGUCCAUCUGAAAUAAUUUCUAGUGAUCUGAAAGACAGCUCUAUAAUAGAAAUAAACGAGGAAGAAGAUGUAGACAUUAUAAAUAUGGAACAAUUUAUUCCAAAGAAGAAAGUGGUGGAAGAAGAAAAAAGGGAAUUGAGUGAAAAUGAUAUUAUUGUUCCUCCAUCAGACUCAGCAUUAUACAUUCAGGACACUUGUCAAAGGAUUGGAGUAAAGUUUGAGCCGUCAGAACUUGAGCCUGGUGUAAGUGGUAAUGCCUCAGAAGAUAUGGUUUUUGCAGUAAUGAAGUCAUUCCUAGGUGAUAUUAUUACAGAAUCAUUUGCUGGUAAAGUUCACAACAGCAGAUAUCCGGAUAGUUUAGGGAUGACUGAUGUGUUCCAAGCCUUGAGAAAUAUGUCACAAACAGACUUUCUUACAAACUGCCAUCUUGGUGUAAAGGUCACAGAAGGUUCAAAUUUAAACAGAUGACACACAUAACAAUGGUCCUUUGCUAAAAAGCUAUCUUAAACAUUUUGAACAGUUUAAUUGUAAUAACUUUAAAUUUCACACUUAAACUCUGUCUUUCAUUCACUAACAAAAAUGUUUCAUUCACGAACAAAAAUGUAUUAUUAUACUAUAUGUUAGAAUGUCAGUUUGGAUUGAUUGAUGAGGGUAAAAUUCUAAAGAUCAGUAAGUGAAACCUUAUUCUAAAUGUUACCCUCCCAUAUAAACUAUUAAAAACUUGUGAAUCAAAAGAAUUAAAAGACAAUUUCUGUGGAUUCAUUAUUAUUUGUUGGGUACCAAUUUUUCGUGUGAUUUUCAGAUACAGGUCAACCAUGAAUUUAAAUGUUCAACAAAUAACAAAUUAUUUAUAGUUUUUCUACGCAGAGAUUGGCAAAACCAUGAAAUCAAAUAUCCCCAAAAAUGCAAGAUUUCCCCAUAUCCACAAAAAGUGAUACCCUUGAAAACAAGGGAAUCCACUUUAUGCUAGAACACUAAAAAAAUAAAUUUUAUAAACAAAAAUCUACUUAGAUAAAGCAGCUUGUUUACCUCUAAAGAAAUCAUUUUUAACCUUGGCUCAUCUUAGAUUUACAAUGUUUUUUAAAUGACAGUCUGCUAUAUCACCUUCUCAUCUAUGUGUUAAUUAUGAAGUGUUAAGUCAACAGGAACAAAUGUCAUCAGUCAACACAACAAACAUCAUCAGACCAGUGAGAUAACUGUUUGUGUGAUUACAAAAUCUGAAAUAUUUCAUAACUAUUGAAUAACAUUACAAUUUAUUCUUAACUAUAUACUCUCAUUCUCCUGUAUUUAGGUAAAAUAGAUUUUUAACAAACCACAAUUUCAAACAACAGUAAUUUAGGCACCAAUACAGCAGUAAAGAGUAGCCCCCGAGUUACUGUAAUAUAGGCAUGGAUCCAACAGUGAACUAUAGCCUUGAUUGACUGUAAAUUAGGCAUGAAUACAACAGUGAAUUGUAGCCCCUCAUAUUCUGUAAAUUUGGGAUAUAAGAAUACAGCAUUAAAAUUGUAGCCCCUGAUUUACUGUAGGUUAUUCAUUAAUAUAACAAUGCACUUUAUUAUGUUUUCUGGUCUGUGGCUCCGUUUGUUCGUCUGUGCGUCCGUCGUCUGUGCGUCCGUUCUUUCAGGUUAAAGUUUUUGGUCAAGGUAGUUUUUAAUGAAGCUGAAGUCCUAUCAACUUGAAACUUAGUACACUUGUUGCUUAUGAUAUGAUCUUUCUAAUUUUAUAGCCAAAUUAGACUUUUGACUUCAAUUUCAGGGUUCACUGAACAUAGAAAAUGAAAGUGGAAGUUUCAGGUUAAAGAUUUUGGUCAAGGUAGUUUUUGAUGAAAUUGAAGUUCAAUCAACUUGAAACUUAGUACAUAUGUUCCCUAUAGUAUAAUCUUGCUAAUUUUAAUGCCAAAUAAGAUUAUUGCCCAAUUUCACGGUCCAUGGAACAUGUAAAAGGAUAGUGCGAGUGGGGCAUCCAUGUACUUUGGACACAUUCUUGUUUAUUUUGGCUUUACAUUUCUUGACAUAAUCGAUUAAUUGAUUAGUAAUACAUAAAUGGAAAAUAUAAAAUUUCAAGGCUAGGAUCUCAAGGUAUACUAUUUUCAUACAUGAGCUUCUUCAGAUAGAAAUUGACCUUACACAAGUGCAUUUGUGAGACUGUCACUGAUUUCGGAGUAUUCAAAUACGACAUGAAAUUUUUGUUUGGUUGUUUCCUUUAUAUCUAUGCAAUUUGCAAACAGUAAUAGACUUUGCAUAGAGUUUUUUUACAACCCUGAACUAUGAUAUAUUAAGGUGGUACCCAACACUUUCACUAAAAUUAAUUUGGCUCGUUUAAUUUUCAUAAAAUUUUAACAAAGUAUUUACUUUGACCCUUUAACAAAAAUAUAAAAAUUUCAAAAAUUUUGAACCAACUGUUGUGUCAAAAAAAAUACACUGGUUAUAUAGCAUUUGACAAACACCAAUUUUGAUCAUUGAAAAACUUAAUAUUUCCUUUAAUAACACAACGUAAUUUGAACGGUUAGCUGACUUUACAGAGUUAUCUCCCUGUAGUGUUAGGUACCACCUUAAACUUACUAAAUAUGAAUGGCCAAAGGUGAUUUGCAUAUAUCUCUCCUAAGAAACAGAAACUCUUAGUGCAUGACUUGGCGCAUACUUCUCCUAAGAAACAGAAACCCUUAGUGCAUGACUUGGCGCAUACUUCUCCUAAGAAACAGAAACCCUUAGUGCAUGACUUCGGCAAUUACUAUUCAUCACAUAAAAGAUAUAGAAAUAUUUGUUAUGUUUAUGUAUUGAAAUUGUUAUAUAAGGAAAUUUUUACGUUUUCCAUAAACUUGUAUAUGUUUCUAUGAAGAAUUGGUAAAUGUUUUUACUAUUUAUUAAAUAUGUUCAGCUUAAAAAAUUGUAUAGUUUUGUUGGAUAUUGAUGAAGAAUAAACAAAUAUU